ACAUCCAAUUAAAAUAAGUCUAAAUUCCCCGUGUACGAGAGUGGAAGUGAGCGAGGGUGUGGCCCAGGCGUCCAUCAAAAUGGUUUAAAAGCGAAAACUACCCAGGGUUAUAACCGGCAUUAAGCAUCGUUCAAACCAGCUCAAGCAAAACUCCGGUAAUCCCAUCCGCUACGGUUCGUCGCUACGUGGUAGUGAUAGCGUCCCACACCGCCUCGACGCUCUUAUCAACACAUCCCGACCCGGUACUCCGCCGGUUUUGAAGGUAGUGGUUCGGCGCAAAAAGAGGGCGUGGAAGUCGUCAACAGGAGGUGAUUGCUGACCACAGCAGUGAAAAAAAUCGCAAUUUAUUGAAAAAUCCGGAUUUGAACCGAAGAAGUUCGCGCUAGUGGGGUGCAAUAUCCGCCUGUACUUCGGUGUGUGGAUUAGGGUGUGAAACCCGAACUCGUAUACGCGGAUCGAUUGCGUACAGUGAAGAAAAGAAGAAGCAUCAGCGGCGUUUGACUUGACGCGCGCGACGACACAUCGGACCACUUUUAUUUUUGGUCUCGUCGCGGUCGUGUGAUUCGAUUGGGCGGCGGAUACCAUGCCACCGUCGCGCCUGGACGGCCUCUACCGGUCGCUGCUGUUGACCAAGUUCUUCUGCAAAGGAUGGGGCAAACCGGAAAAUCUUGAGAGGUUGUUCGCCUUCCGGAAGAUCAUCUCCAAUCGGGCCGCCUGCUCCAAGCUCGUACCGCAGGACUACCCGAUCGAGAUCACCAAAGAGGAGGUGACUUCCGACUGCAAGAUCGUCGAGGGCAGGUUCAAAACACCGCUGGAAAUCUAUCUUCCCGGUCUGGUGCCGGACGUUGUCCAGAAUGCACAUUUCCAGGUCCUCUUGCCACUUAAGUGGAACGACGAACGGUUCAAGCCGAUAUGUAUCCACCUGGCCGGAACGGGCGAUCACUACUUCUGGAAGCGACGGAAUCUGAUUGCCAAGCCACUGCUGAAGGAAGCUAAUCUCGGUGCCAUCAUCCUGGAGAACCCAUUCUAUGGAGCACGGAAACCGAAGGAUCAGAGAGCCUCCAGCUUGCACAACGUUUCGGACAUCUUCGUCAUGGGUGGUUGUCUCGUCCUGGAAUCCCUGGUCCUGCUGAACUGGUGCGAACGGAACGGAUACGGCCCUCUCGGAAUUACCGGGCUCUCUAUGGGUGGACACAUGGCUUCCCUGGCAGCUACCAACUGGCCCAAACCACUGGUGCUGGUACCGUGUCUGAGCUGGUCCACGGCAUCUUCCGUGUUCACCGAGGGCGUCAUGAGUCACUCGAUCAACUGGGACGUUCUGGAAACGCAGUACUUCUCCGAUGGCAACUACAGAGAGCAUCUAUCCAAAAUGGUCACCGUCGUGGAUGACGCCUUCGUGGCCGGCCAGAGCUUCAUCAAGAACUUCAACCAAUCCGUCGAAGAGCUCAAGCAGGACAUCUGCCAAACGGACGAUCUGAUCAACGAAAGCCCCAGCCCGGACGUCAAUCUGACCGUAAUCCGCGACACCACACCGGAACGGGAACAGAAACGAAUCCACAUUAACCGACGGAAUGUCCUCAAUCUUUCAGAGCCCCUCUUGAAUAAACUGCUCUCGGACGUCAAAUGCGAACUGAACCAGGCGGAAAUCGACGAGCUUAACCUCAAAAUCCAGCUGGCACUCAAAAACUACAAGGAGGAGAACAAGACUGACAGCGACAAGCUGAUUCUGGAAGUAAAAGCCGAGGAACCAGCGGAAGCUCUUCCCUCGAAAUCGCUGGGCGCCAAAAUCAUCGAGUUCAUCAGCUGGAGCAACUCCGCAAAUGUAAGCUCCAACGAAGUCGCUUCUGCUCCAGCACCUUCACCCACAUCGACGGAAGUGGCUCCACUGGAGAAGCGGAAACCCAUCGAUACCACCAAGACCCGCUGGUGGGAACGGGAAGCGCUCCAGUUCAUGCGCGGCAUGAUGGACGAAUGCACUCAUCUGAAGAACUUCUCCGUCCCGUACGACACCUCGCUGAUCAUUGCUGUCUGCGCCAAGGACGAUGCGUACAUUCCGCGGGACAGCUGCUCCAGUCUGGAGGAUAUUUGGCCCGGAGCGGAGGUUCGCUAUCUGGAUGCCGGACACGUGAGCGCCUACGUGCUGCACCAGAAGCUGUUCCGGUCGUGCAUCGUGGAAGCAUUCGAGCGGGCCCGCAAAAAGUUGAUCCCGGAAGAGGACCAAAUCCAGGAGGUCUCAACCGGGGCAACCACAAACCUCGAAACCAAUAAAUAGGAAGGUGCUACUACUCAUUGACAACGGGAACCGGGAAAUACCCAACUUCCGAGGAAAGGCUGUGACCAUUGAAGAAGGAAUCGAACCAAAUCAAAACAAAACAAAAAUCGAAAAACCGAAAUCCAUUCCGGAUCAGGCGCAACCCAGCCUGUUGAUGUGGACCGGGAAUUUUCGGCCGCCGCCAAGCAAGCAGAUUCCGAAAACGAAAGGAAUUGGGGAACAAACACGCACUGUCGAAAGCAGCAAGUAAUAAUGAUCGAACGCAAGGACUGGUUGUAUAUAAGUUAGGAACGAAAGGCUUCGUGCCCACUGUUGGAACUUCCGGGCAGAGCGAAACCGGAAGUUGAGUUGCACAAACUCGAAGCGAACUCAGUAUUUUUUCGAGUCAGUUAAUACCAGAGAAAUUUAUUAUGAAUACAGUUUGAUAAUAGCAA